AUGACCGACCGCAGCUUCUCCCCAACCGGGGACAACAGGAAGCGCUCUGUGUCUGCAAUCUUCCUGUGUCUGCAAUCUUCCUGUGUCUGCAAUCUUCCUGUGUCUGCCUACUUCCUGUGUCUGCCUACUUCCUGUGUCUGCACUCUUCCUGUGUCUGCCUACUUCCUGUGUCUGCACUCUUCCUGUGUCUGCUUACUUCCUGUGUCUGCACUCUUCCUGUGUCUGCCUACUUCCUGUGUCUGCCUACUUCCUGUGUCUACCUACUUCCUGUGUCUGCCUACUUCCUGUGUCUGCACUCUUCCUGUGUCUGCCUACUUCCUGUGUCUGCACUCUUCCUGUGUCUGCCUACUUCCUGUGUCUACCUACUUCCUGUGUCUGCCUACUUCCUGUGUCUACCUACUUCCUGUGUCUGCCUACUUCCUGUGUCUGCACUCUUCCUGUGUCUGCCUACUUCCUGUGUCUGCACUCUUCCUGUGUCUGCUUACUUCCUGUGUCUGCCUACUUCCUGUGUCUGCCUACUUCCUGUGUCUACCUACUUCCUGUGUCUGCCUACUUCCUGUGUCUACCUACUUCCUGUGUCUGCCUACUUCCUGUGUCUGCACUAUUCCUGUGUCUGCCUACUUCCUGUGUCUGCACUCUUCCUGUGUCUGCCUACUUCCUGUGUCUGCCUACUUCCUGUGUCUGCCUACUUCCUGUGUCUACCUACUUCCUGUGUCUGCCUACUUCCUGUGUCUGCACUCUUCCUGUGUCUGCCUACUUCCUGUGUCUGCCUACUUCCUGUGUCUGCCUACUUCCUGUGUCUACCUACUUCCUGUGUCUGCCUACUUCCUGUGUCUGCACUCUUCCUGUGUCUGCCUACUUCCUGUGAUGAACCUGCUACUGAAGCUGCUCCUGUGGUUCAUCGGAGUGCUGUGGAGUAGGUGGAUGUCAGAGUGCUGUGGAGUAGGUGGGUGUCAGAGUGCUGUGGAGUAG